AUGAGGGUUCUGGUAAUAUUAUCGUGUGUGAUCGUGGCGGCGCUUGCGGCGGAUAAGUACAGCUCUAAAUAUGAUAACUUUGAUGUAGAAACCCUGAUAUCUAACGAGAGAUUACUAAAAGCGUACAUCAAUUGCUUCCUCGAAAAAGGGCGAUGCACUCCAGAAGGAUCUGACUUCAGAAAGACUCUACCAGACGCCAUAGAGACAACUUGCGCAAAGUGUACCGAGAAACAGAAAACCAAUAUCAGAAAAGUUAUCAAGGCUAUUCAGGCCAAACACCCAAAGGAAUGGGAUGCCCUCGUCAAGAAAAACGACCCUAGUGGCAAGCACCGCGACAACUUCGACAAGUUUAUCCAUGGUUCCAGCUAA